CGGGCUCGUGGCCACCUCUGCCUUCUCUUUCACCACGAGAUCUCAUACUAAUUGCAACUUGAGAAAGAGGACAGUCUAACAUUCUGUAGUACAGUAGUGUGCACUAGAUUACAAGAACAAUAUCAUCGCAAAGGGGUGCAAUUGCCUGUCAUCAGAUAUUACGACGAGAUGACGAUACGAGUGAUGCGGAAGCCACGGAGAUCGCCACCAAGGCGAGACGAAAUAAAAAGCCCAUUAUUGACAUCCUCAUCGUCAUCAUCAUCGUCGUUGCCGAUAACAACCAACACCAUUACAAAAAUAGAAGCUCUUCAGCAAAAACAGAGUGUCGACAUCGGUAACAUUGUGGCCGAGAUCGGCAGCCGUCCGAGUAGCCCCGAGGACCACGACUAUCGUCAUCAGCUCGCAGUGCAUCAGCAUCAUCGACAGCAGAUGAUGAUGAGGACGACAACAACGACGGAGACGCUGAUGUGCGAAAAACAGGAGUCCAUUACGGCUACGGGCCGCUGUAACGCCGGUGGCAUCAACAACUCGCCGAUCCACGGCUACUCCCAAUAAUACACGAGAGAAUAAGAAGCUCCUCUUUCUCUCUCUGUGUUUCCGUCACUCAUUACCCACCCCUCCCUUCCUGCCCCUCUUUUUUGUUCCGUUACACCUCUGAUGUGAUGUCACAUAACGACGCGCAUCUUCUCCAGUACAACUCACUGCAGUAUUAAUCCCACGGGCGUCCAGCUCGGAGCGCGUUGCCGAUUCAUUGUGACGUUAUAUUAGGUACCAAAACGAUCAAUUAUUAAAACUGAACACAUGUCGCUCGCGAUCGUCACUCUCGAUGUGCGUUGAGACAAGGUGCUGAGCCGCCGAGGCUUGUUUGAUCCGUACGUUGUUGCUGUUGUUACUAAUAAUAAUAAUAAUAAAAAUAAUAAUGAUGAUGAUGACGAUUGAAAACCACGUGUACAAAUAUACAGAGGCCGAUCUUUAACUCGUCGAUAGAUCAACGAAGAAUUUUACAAGUUAUAUCGAUUAAUUCAAGUUCAAUUGUGUACAUAUAUGUAUAUUAUACAUACAUAGCCGAUUAAUGAAGGAAAGGGUAAACACGAGUCUCGCAUAGGAUAGGAUUAUCAUUAUUACGAUCGUUAUUGUCAUCGUAAAGGAUUAAGAGCGAGAAAUCGGCAUACCGAUUUUCGCCAAAAGAUCGCGAGAACGAUAGAUCGUUAAGAACGACGAAGAAGAAGCAGCCAUGACGACGAUCGUGCCGUACGACAGUAGUUUGGUGUGGCUGCUGGUGGUCGGGUUCAUCGUGGCUUUCAUCUUGGCCUUCGGCAUCGGUGCCAACGACGUUGCCAACAGCUUUGGGACGAGCGUCGGCGCCGGGGUCCUCACCAUAUUCCAGGCUUGCGUGCUCGCUACGGUCUUCGAGAUCGCCGGUGCCAUUCUCAUUGGAUACAAGGUGUCCGACACGAUGCGCAAGGGAAUCCUGGACGUGUCGCUGUACGAGGGCCACGAGAAGGAGCUGAUGCUGGGGAGCUUGUCGAGCUUGGCUGGCUCGGCUAUCUGGUUGCUGGUGGCUACCGCGUUCAAAUUACCGAUCUCCGGAACUCACUCGAUCGUCGGGGCUGUCGUUGGCUUCUCGCUCGUCUGUCGAGGCACUUCACAGGUCAAAUGGAUGGCCCUGUUGAGCAUAGCGGUCUCGUGGUUCGUCAGUCCUUUACUGAGCGGCAUCGUCUCCUCGUCGAUAUUCUGGCUGAUCCGCAAGAUGAUACUGCGCUCGACGAAGCCGCUCGAUCAGGGCCUUAAAACGCUGCCUUUGGCUUACAGCCUCACCGUUGCCGUCAACAUACUCUCUAUCGCCCACGAUGGGCCCAAACUUCUGAACCUGGACAACAUACCCUGGCACAUGAGCGCCUUGUUCUCCCUGGGCGCGGGCUUGGUCUCCGCGGCUGUCGUCUACGUGUUCGUCGUGCCCUGGCAGCGCAGGAAAAUCAUCAUGUCGCACAGCAGCAGCAACAAUAGCCGGCUGCCCGACCUCGACGCCGCGACCGACAACAAAGAGACAACCGCGCUCUCGGUCAUUUCGCAGCGCGGCGCUCCCACCACCGACACGUCCAGAAUGAACCUCGAGGAGCCAAAGGGCCAGCUACGGGUGAACAACAGCGCGAGUCCUCUGUUGCUGUCGGCGGCGGGCGGUGACGCCGAGUCGGGUGGUUUGCGCGACCUCGACGAGGCAGCGGUCAUGGACUCGGAGCACCCGGACGUCUCGAAGCUGUUUGCCUUCCUCCAGGUACUGACCGCGGCGUUUGGCAGCUUCGCUCACGGCGGUAACGACGUGAGCAACGCCAUCGGGCCCCUCAUCGCCUUGUGGGCCAUAUACGCCGAGGGCUCGGCCAAACAGGAGGCCGAGACGCCCCUCACGAUUUUGCUCUACGGUGGCCUCGGCAUCUCCGCGGGACUGUGGAUCUGGGGGCGCAGGGUCAUCGAGACCCUUGGCUCGGAUCUAGCAAAGAUCACACCCACCACCGGUUUCACGAUAGAGGUAGGUGCAGCGAUGACGGUUUUAUUGGCGAGCAAAGCCGGUCUGCCGGUCUCUACGACCCACUGCAAGGUGGGCUCCAUCGUUUGCGUCGGGUGGGCCUCGCAGGGCUGCCAAGGCGUCAGUUGGUCCCUGUUCCGCAACAUUGCCGGCGCUUGGCUGAUAACCGUGCCCGUGGCCGGCUUACUCUCCGCCGGCUGCAUGCUCAUCUUCCUCCAACUAUUUGACGUCUGAGAGCCUCGUUGUUGUUACUAUUAUUAUUAUUAUUACUUAUACGAUAGAGUAUGAUUAAUAUGUAUAAUAUAUAGGCAUAUGCGAUGUACGCUAAUUACGAGUUUUCCUCGCGAUCAUCAUACGGGCUAUACAACAUAUGUCGUAGUAAUAAUGGGUUAUUGAUAAUUAUUGUAACAAUAGGAAAGAUGAUAUUAAUAGUAUACAGUUUUAUGGUAAGGUGUAUGUGAAUAAUCGGCUCCCACCAUCCUUUGGGAGUCCCUUUUUACUGCGAAGGAUUUUUUCGAGUGGCUUUUUGUCCGAGUGUUGUUUAUGGAAAUCGUGUCAGUUGUGCGAAAAGGUUUUUAAGAGAGAA